CAGAGCGCUCGCUGCCAGCGAUGGAGGCGAGAUCCCCCAGCCCCAGAGGCUGUGGCGACGGCUGCGGCCGCGGGGUUUCAGCCGCGUCCCUGCAGCGACUCUGAGCAAGCGGCGGAGCGGGCCCUGCGCACUCGCGUUCCUUCCUCCCGGCUGGCGGCGGCUUCUCCCACCCGCACCUUAGAGCCAUCAUGGCAACUUCAUCUGAAGAAGUAUUGCUGAUUGUCAAGAAAGUGCGUCAGAAGAAGCAGGAUGGAGCUCUGUACCUCAUGGCAGAAAGAAUCGCUUGGGCGCCUGAAGGCAAAGAUAGAUUUACAAUCAGCCAUAUGUAUGCAGACAUUAAGUGCCAGAAGAUCAGUCCAGAAGGAAAAGCUAAAAUUCAGCUUCAGCUGGUCCUGCAUGCAGGGGACACAACUAACUUUCAUUUUUCCAACGAAAGCACAGCAGUAAAAGAGCGAGAUGCAGUAAAGGACCUUCUUCAGCAGCUUCUUCCCAAAUUCAAGAGGAAAGCAAAUAAAGAGCUAGAGGAGAAAAACAGAAUGCUCCAAGAAGAUCCUGUUUUGUUUCAGCUUUAUAAAGACCUUGUUGUAAGUCAGGUGAUCAGUGCUGAGGAAUUCUGGGCCAACCGUUUAAAUGUGAACGCAACAGAUGGUUCCACAUCCAACCACAAGCAGGAUGUCGGCAUUUCUGCAGCAUUUCUGGCUGAUGUCCGGCCCCAAACAGAUGGCUGUAAUGGUUUGAGAUAUAACUUAACUUCUGAUAUCAUUGAGUCCAUUUUUAGAACCUAUCCAGCAGUAAAAAUGAAGUAUGCAGAAAAUGUGCCCCACAACAUGACAGAAAAGGAAUUUUGGACCCGGUUUUUCCAGUCCCAUUAUUUUCAUAGAGACAGACUAAAUACAGGAUCAAAGGAUCUCUUUGCAGAGUGUGCCAAAAUAGAUGAAAAAGGAUUAAAAACAAUGGUUUCAUUAGGAGUGAAAAACCCACUGCUAGAUUUGACAGCUUUGGAAGAUAAACCAUUAGAUGAGGGCUAUGGCAUUUCCUCUGUGCCAUCUGCUUCUAACCCUAAAUCCAUAAAGGAGAACAGCAAUGCUGCCAUCAUCAAAAGGUUUAACCAGCACAGUGCCAUGGUCCUGGCAGCCGGUCUCAGGAAACAACAAGCACAAAAUGAACAAAACGGUGAGCCCAGCAGUGUAGAUGGAAAUUGUGGAGAUGCAGAUUGCUUUCAGCCAGCAGUCAAAAGGGCAAAGUUACAAGAGUCCAUUGAAUAUGAAGACUUGGGAAAAAAUAAUUCCGUAAAAACAAUUGCACUAAAUCUCAAGAAGUCAGAUAGGUAUUACCAUGGACCUACACCAAUCCAGUCACUGCAGUAUGCCACGAGCCAGGACAUUAUUAAUUCCUUUCAGAGUAUUAGACAAGAAAUGGAGGCCUACACACCCAGGCUAACUCAGGUUCUUUCAAGUAGUUCUGCUAGCAGCACCAUCACAGCACUGUCACCUGGAGGAGCACUUAUGCAGGGAGGGACACAGCAAGCCAUAAACCAGAUGGUGCCAAAUGAUAUUCAGUCUGAACUGAAACACUUGUAUGUAGCUGUUGGAGAACUUCUGAGGCAUUUCUGGUCCUGCUUUCCUGUUAAUACACCAUUCCUAGAAGAAAAGGUAGUGAAAAUGAAGAGUAAUUUGGAACGGUUCCAAGUUACGAAGCUCUGCCCAUUCCAGGAAAAAAUUCGGAGACAGUAUUUAAGCACAAAUUUGGUUAGUCACAUAGAAGAGAUGCUGCAGACCGCCUACAACAAACUGCAUUCUUGGCAGUCACGGCGCCUGAUGAAGAAGACGUGAGGUGCCUGCGAUGCUCACAGGUUUGUGAGAUUGUGAAAAUGGUGACCUGCAGAGACUCUGGAAACCUGGGCUGAAGCGCAGGUGCUCACACAAGGGGAAACAUCUGCAGCACGCCGCCUCCCAGAGCUGAUGCUAUUGUACUUGCACAUUGGGAAAUGGAGGGAAGGAAGGAAGGGGUUCAACUAAUGCUGGGGAGGUAAAUUAAGGCAGAACCAAAAUGAGCUCUGUUGCAAAUAUAUAUGUAUGUGUGCAUAUAUAUGUAUUUAAGACUGUUUACUGCAGUUACUCAGGAACUGCUUUUCAUUCACAUUAAGCUGCUCUCAAAAAUUAAAAGGAAAAAUAACUUUCUUAAAAGGUGCAUUGAUAAGAUCUGAGGGUAGUUUCGUUGUUUUGUUUCUGUGUAAAUUUUUUUCCUAUGUGUAUGGCACAGGGUAGACCCUAAGUAUUCCUUCUUCAUCCCCCACUUGAAGCCUCAAAUUUUACUGAGUUGUAGUUGAAUCUUCCAUCAGCCAGUUAAAGAGGACUUUACAGUAGAGCAGAGGGAGACUGCUGCUCAGCCAUCAGGAAACAGUUGUCAGACGACAUCAUUGGUCCUGUGUUUCCUACGGAAAUAAUCGCACUGAAUGUUUAUGGUUUGGAGUCCCUCGAUAAGGGAGAUGUAUCUGCGGGAAGCCGCGUGGGGCUGUAAUGCAGAUUUUUGUCAGAAAGACAAUGGCGCUGCAUGUGUUUCUUUGAGUGCAAAUGUAUAUUGCUAAGAUUUUUUUUAAAGAUGGCAUGUGCUUUGAAAAGAAGAAAUUGCAUUUUUAAGAGUUUAAAAAUCUUACAAGUGAGAAAUAUAAGAAAUCUUACUUAUUUUCACCUUUAGAAGAAAUAAAAGAUGUUUCUCAUACCUGCUUUUCUCAGUAUCUUGACGGUUACUGUCCUUGGCGAAUUGAUAAUCCCUGCAUAGUGCGUGCGAAGCCUAAAUGCCAAACAGUACAAAUGAUAGUCUUGUUGUUUCUGGAACCCAUGCCUUACUUGCCUCCAGACAACUUCAGGUGCUUGUAUUCAACGUGAUGCAGAAAGUAAAAGUUUUU